AUGCCGGCCGAAAGUCCGCCCAGAGCGCCCGAGAGCGCGACUCCCGCAGCCGCCUCGCCCGAGCCAGACGACGCCUCCGCCGCCCAGCCCGCGGCGCCGGCCCCGAAACACGCCAACAAGCUCGAGAUGCCGCCGCGCAACAAGCGCAACCUCGCCCUCCGCGGCAGCACCUCGGCGGCGCCCAACAUGUGGCGCGCCUACCAGCGCGACCUGAAAAAAUACAAGAAGCUCAUGCGCAAGGCCGAGGGGAAGAAGGCGCGCAAGAAGCAGCGGCUCGCCGACGCCAUGGCCGCGGCCAAGCGGCAGGGCAGGGCGGCCAAAGAGCGUCUGCGGGAGGCGAAGAAGGCGGAGAAGGAGGCCGAGACGAGGGAGAAGAGGGCCGUCAGGGAGGCGCUGAGGGAGGCGCUGCGCGCUGCGAAGGAGGUCGAGCGGGCUGUGCGCGAGAAGCAGAAGGCUGAGCGGCGACUUGAGAGGCUGGAACGCCGGCGCGCGGGCGCUGCUGGCGUCGGGGGUUCGCGGAUUGGUGCGAGAGUGGCUUUGCAAGAAAGAGGUGCCGCGGAGCCGGUUGACGAGACUAUGGACGAGGAGGAGGGGGAGGUGGACGAGGAGCUGCUCGAGACAAACCGAAAGUCUGGGCUCCUUGCCCUGCCGAUGGAGGUCCGAGAGAUGAUCUUGGAGCAUCUGCUUACCACGGACACGCCGAUCCGGCUGAUCGAGGGUUGGGCCAAGCUUUGGAAGGGACGCGGCCCGCAGCUCGACACGGCCGUGAUGCGUACAUGCAAGCUGCUGUUCAGCGAGAGCAUCAUCAUCCUAUAUGGUCGCAACAUGUUCGAGUACGUCCUGCGGGAGGUCGCCAAUGCCCCGUUCCCUGCAGACGCGGGAAACAACGAAGGAAAGAACGAUGUGGCCAGCCCCAACAACAACGGCAGCGGUGACAGCGAGGUCGCACACGAACUUCCAGACGAUAACUACACUGAAGCCGGCUCGGUUUUUGCCGUCGACGAAGACGAGAUGGAUGACGAUGAUGAUAACCCAGCUCCGUCGCAGACAACCCCCAGCAUGGCACCCCCCACCGCCGGCGCCGUCGAUAUUGAGAUACGGAAGUUCGGCUCUCUCUUCCGCCAUCUGACCAUUGUCGCGGAAAGAAACCGCACAGAGCUUGGGUAUCUUCACAGCAUGGCCGACGCCAUUGACGUCUUCCGUCACCUGCCCCCUAAACCCGGCGCCCAUAUUAACACCCUGUCUAUUGUCAUCACGCCUGGCUUCGAAGACGGCGUGGUGACUUUCCUCGACUUCUUCGAGCCAGACGGACGCGUCGUCAGGUCGCUGCGCGGGCUACCAUGCCAGUUUGUCCGGAUCGUCGUCCAUACCGACUACAGCGUCCGUGGCGGGCGGCCGCAUACAAUUGCGAUUGAUAUGCGGCCACUGGAGGCCGAAAAAGACGAGGGAGAGGUUGCGCGAAGACGGCGCGAGGAAAAGCUUGGUAAUCGACGAACAAUGCUGCAGACGUUGCCCAAGCUGAUCCGGGCUGGCUGGGAGGCUGGUGCUGAUCCUGACUACGGCAUGUGCUCUGAGGAGGAAAUGGACGAUUGGGAAUACUUCUGGUUUGGAGGGGUCAAUCCCGAUGCGGUGGGCGACGGGGACGAGGAGGAUGUUGAAGAAGAAGAAAUGGAGCUGGACUAG